GAGAGGUCAAAUCGAGUGGGAAGGGUAGGGUGUCUUCUUUUUAUAUUUUUGUGGUGGUGAUGGUAUUAGCUAAAGAGGGUUUCGAACAAAAGACGCAUACACAGAGAGAGAGAGAGAGAGAGAAGGGGGCCUGUGAAAGCCGAUAUUAAACUGGAACAGAGUCUCUGUAGCUCGAAACCCUAAAAAAAGUCGUCUCUUCUUCUUUGACUUCUCAUCUCAUCCAAUCUUACCCGAUGGAUCCCUUCGAUUUGAUACGCAAAGGGUUUGGCUGAAGUUUACUGAAAAUUGAGUUAUUUCCCUCAUUCAGAGUCUUUCUAUGCAUGUAUAUUGUUUUUUGUUUCCAUUUGAGUGAAUAAUGAGCUUAUCCAAGAAAGUAACCCAAACCAAGGAUGCAACGCUCAGCAACCUAAACAAGGUAACGACUUUGAAUCCAAAUGCAGCAGAGUUUGUUCCAUUUUCCCUCAGAUCGCCAUCAUCUGGAAGCACCAGCACUGCAGAUGCGGCAGCAAGGCUUGUCACUUCUGGGACUUCGGGAAAAGCAGUGCUAGAUAGAACAGAGUCAUCUGUCUCAAAUAAUUCUGAUGAAGAGGCUCACCAAUUCUGGUGUCGCCAGCUCCCUGACGAUAUUACUCCUGACUUUAAUAUCAUGGGAGAAGACGAGUCUCAAGCUAUUGGGAACCUCUCUUUGGUGGGUUUGUCCUUACAUGAUGAUAGUGACGCGUCAAGGUUUCCUGCUGUUACGGGCAGUGGAUACUCUUUAAAUGAGCAGCAAGAAUUAUCUUCACACAACAUUAAUGGUAAUAGCUUUGCUGGAAAGUUGAGAUUUUCUGCUUCAUCUUAUGGGGAAGAUUUGUCUUCAGCUAGUCUUUUGCAUAUGUCAGCUAAACCAUGGGACAAUCAAAUUGUCAACAGUAAUCAGCUUGUUAGCCAUUCUAGGGAGGGUACUCCAUAUGAUGGAAACUCUAGACAUGGAUUUAUGAACAAUAUGUUGGGUGAGCGUGCUAUAGUGGAGGAUAACGAUAUAAACCCUCUUGAGUUCUUGUCUUCUCAGUUCCCUGGUUUUGCUGCUGAAAGCCUUGCGGAAGUUUACUUCGCCAAUGGGUGUGACUUAAAUAUGACUAUAGAGAUGCUCACUCAGUUAGAGCUUCAAGUUGAUGGUGAUUUCAGUCAGAAUAUGAACCCAAAGACUUUGUCGGCUCCCAAUCUUAGUGCAAUGGACUUCCCUGCACUUACUGUUCCGGAUAGUCCAAAUGGUCCUGCAAAAUAUGCUGGAGAUGAUCUCCAACAAAGUGGCAAUCCUUUUCGAGCUUCUGACAAGGACAACAUGCUUUUGUUCAAAUCCGGAUCUUCUAUCCCAUCUAGGGGUGCUAUAGAUUUUGCUUCAGCUGUCAGGAAAUUGGCAUCUCAGGAUUCUGGUAUAUGGAAGUACGACAGAAAUGGUUCUGCUGAUGCCACUAUUGGCUCAAGUAGAAGUUCUCAUGGUUUGGCUAGUGCUUACAAUAGUGGACAUGGAAGAGGCGUCUAUGGUGACAGGUUGCAAACUCGUGUUUCUGCUCGAACAGCUCCUGUUUGGCUUGAAACUGGAGAUGCUGUCGCUAAUAUUUAUUCUGAGCUGCGAGAGGAAGCUCGUGACCAUGCACGCCUGCGUAAUGCGUACUUUGAGCAGGCACGGCAAGCCUACCUCAUAGGCAAUAAAGCUCUGGCAAAGGAUCUGAGUGCUAAAGGGCAGGUGCACAAUAUGCAUAUGAAGGCAGCCCAUGGAAAAGCUCAAGAAUCUAUUUAUCGUCAGAGGAACCCAGUUCCUCCAGAGAUGCAAGGCAAUGGAAGAGGACAGGAGCGGAUGAUAGACUUGCAUGGGCUGCAUGUUAGUGAAGCCAUUCAUGUUUUGAAGCAGGAGCUAAGCGUGAUGAGGAGCACUGCCAGAGCAGCAGAGCAGCGCCUUCAGGUUUAUAUAUGCGUCGGAACAGGCCAUCACACCAGAGGUUCCCGCACUCCGGCCAGACUUCCUAUUGCCGUACAACGGUAUUUGCUUGAAGAAGAGGCCCUUGACUACACGGAGCCACAGCCAGGGCUGCUUCGAGUUGUGAUAGAAAUGCGGCUGCAAGCCAACAUCAGAGCAAUUUCCGUUUCCCCCUCAGCGAAAACCCCAUACCCACGCACUCUCCUCCGCUUCCGCUUUCCUCAUUUUUCAUCAUCCUCACCAUCUUCGCCUUCUUCUUCUUCUCAAUGGUUCUCCAUCCUCCGUGCCGCCAUUUCCGAGACCGACUUGCUGCUCGGCAAGUCUGCGCAUGCGUGUAUGGUAACCUCCGGCCAAAACCCAGAACGUUUUUUGACCAACAAUCUUAUUACCAUGUAUUCCAAGUGUGGGUCACUCGCAUAUGCACGUCGGCUGUUCGAUAACACCCCUGAUAGAGACCUCGUUACCUGGAACUCCAUUCUAGCCGCCUAUGCACAAUCCGCAGACUUUGAUGAUUUUGAGAAUUUUCAAGAGGUCUUUCGCCUAUUUCGCCUGCUUCGUGGGUCUGUUGUUUUAACCAGUCGACACACUUUGGCGCCAGUUUUAAGGCUGUGUUUGCUCACUGGAUGUGUAUGGGGUUUGGAGGCUGUUCAUGGAUACGCCGUUAAGAUUGGAUUGGAAUGGGAUGUGUUUGUAUCUGGGACUCUUGCGAAAAUAUACUCCAAAUUUGGGCGGAUUAGGGAUGCCCGUGUUUUGUUUGAUGGCAUGCCAGAGAGGGAUGUUGUUUUGUGGAAUGUAAUGCUUAAGGCUUAUGUGGAAAUGGAUCUUUAUAAAGAAGCACUUUGUCUCUUCUCUGCUUUUCAUGAGAGUGGGUUGCGUCCUGAUUAUAUCAGUGUCCGUUCUCUUCUUAAUGGGAUUAACAAUGUUGGUUCUGGUGAAGGCAACAGGCUUGCUGAGCAGGUUAAAGCCUAUGCGACAAAAUUGUUUUUGAAUCAUGAUAACAAAGAGAUAUUUAUGUGGAACAAGACAUUGUCUGAGUAUGUCCAAGCUGGUGAAAAUUGGCGAUCUGUGGAGUGUUUUAUAAAUAUGAUUAGAUCAAAAGUGGAAUAUGAUAGUGUGACAUUUGUUGUCAUUCUCACUGCAAUUGCAGGAACCAAUGAUCUGGAGAUAGGGCAACAGGUUCACGCUGUUGCUGUGAAGUUGGGUUUAGAUUCAGCUAUUUCUGUUGCAAAUAGUCUUAUAAACAUGUACUCUAAGGCAGGUUCUCUUCAUUUUUCAAGAAAAGUGUUCAAUUACAUGAAAGAAAUGGAUUUAAUUUCAUGGAACUCGAUGAUUUCAAGUUGUGCGCAGAGUAGUUUAGAAGAGGAAUCAGUGAAACUAUAUACAGAUUUAUUACGUGAGGGCCUAAGACCUGAUCAAUUUACAAUAGCAAGUGUGUUAAGGGCUUGCUCCUCACUUAAAGAGAGCUUAUAUCUCUGUAAGCAAGUUCAUGUUCAUGCAAUAAAAACUGGAAUCGUUGCUGACAGUUUUGUUUCAACAGCCCUUAUUGAUGUAUAUUCUAAGAGUGGAAAUAUGAAAGAGGCUGAGUUUCUUUUUGAAAGGAAAGGCAAAUUUGAUUUGGCAUCGUGGAAUGCAAUGAUGUUUGGCUACAUAAUGAGCAAUGCCAGUCAGAAAGCAUUGAACCUCUUGAGUCUGAUGCAUGAAAGUGGAGAGAGGGCAGAUCAGAUUACUUUGGCAGCUGCAGCUAAAGCCUCUGGUUGCCUGGUGGGUUUAGAACAAGGGAAGCAAAUUCAUGCUUAUGUAAUAAAAUCCCGGAUUGACCUAGAUUUAUGUGUCAGCAGCGGUAUUCUAGACAUGUAUAUAAAAUGUGGAGACAUGAAAUCAGCGCACAGAGUUUUCACCCAAAUCCCUGCACCUGACGACGUUGCAUGGACGACUAUGAUCUCGGGAUGUGUCGAAAAUGGAGAUGAGGACUGUGCUCUUUCUAUAUAUCAUCAGAUGAGACUCUCAGGAGUGCAGCCUGAUGAAUAUACGUUCGCUACCCUUGUCAAAGCUAGCUCUUGUUUGACAGCAUUGGAACAAGGGAGACAAAUUCAUGCAAAUGUGAUCAAGUUGGAUUAUGGGUCGGAUCCUUUUGUUGGGACUUCACUUAUCGACAUGUAUGCCAAAUGUGGGAACAUAGCAGAUGCAUAUCUUUUAUUCCAAAGGACGAACACGAGGAACAUUGCAUUGUGGAAUGCCCUGUUGGUUGGUUUAGCUCAGCAUGGAAAUGCCAAGGAAGCCCUCAACCUUUUCAAAGCUAUGGAAUCUAAUGGUAUUGAGCCUGAUAAAGUUUCCUUUAUAGGGGUACUUUCUGCUUGUAGCCAUUCUGGUCUAAUUUCUGAAGUUUACAAGUAUUUUGAUUCAAUGACCAAAAAGUACAGCGUUAAGCCUGAGAUUGAGCAUUACUCCUGUCUAGUUGAUGCCCUGGGCCGUGCAGGGCGUGUUCAAGAGGCAGAAAAGCUGAUAGUAUCAAUGCCCUUUGAAGCUUCUGCUUCAAUGUAUAGAGCCCUGCUUGGUGCUUGUAGGGUUCAAGGGGACACAGAAACCGGAAAACGGGUCACAGCACAGCUCUUGGCACUGGAGCCAUCUGAUUCAGCAGCUUAUGUUCUAUUAUCUAAUAUCUGUGCUGCUGCCAACCAAUGGGAUGAUGUAACUGAUGCUAGAAAAAUGAUGGAGAGAAAAAAAGUAAAGAAGGAUCCAGGGUUCAGUUGGAUAGAUGUGAAGAACAACGUGCACUUGUUUGUGGUGGAUGAUAAAUCCCAUCCACAAACUGAUUUGAUAUAUGAUAAGGUGGAGGAUUUGAUAAACAGGAUCAGAGAAGAAGGGUAUGUCCCUGAUACGGACUUUGUGCUGCUUGAUGUUGAAGAAGAGGAAAAAGAGCAUGCUCUUUAUCACCAUAGUGAGAAGCUAGCCAUAGCUUUUGGGCUGAUAAGCACUCCUCCAUCUUCAACAAUUCGGGUGAUUAAGAACCUUAGAGUUUGUGGGGAUUGCCAUACUGCAAUCAAAUAUAUAUCAAAGGUUUCUCAAAGAGAAAUUGUGUUGAGAGAUGCAAAUCGAUUCCAUCUUUUCAGGGAUGGAAUCUGCUCUUGUGGUGAUUAUUGGUGAUGUAAAAUUGAUCUUAUUGUUUUAUUUUUUUCCCAGUGCUGUCAACUUCUGUAACAACCAUAGAACCUAUAGCACCUUGAAUUGUU